AUGUCUCCUCGAAAACGGGCUACGUGGUCUGAUGAAAGCUUGAGAGCGGCAGUUAAUGAUGUACGUUCUGGACGAUUGUCGACAUACAAAGCUUCGGCGCAAUAUGGAGUGCCGAGAAGAACCAUUAGAAAUCAUCUUAAAAGUGGUAUUUUACAUAAGAGCUUAGGAAGAAACGCUAUAUUUACGAAAGAGCAAGAAAAAGAUUUCGUUUGCCGUAUAAUAAAAUUUUCUGAUAUAGGAAUACCUCUGACUCCAAAAAUGAUUCGGAUUCAAGCAUUUGCUUUUUGCGAAAAAUUCAAUAUUGACAAUAAUUUCAACAAAAAAACAGGACUUGCAGAAAAAGCCUGGUUAAGAUUAUUUUUAAAACGAAAUCCCAGCUUAGCAAAACGAAAAGCACAAUUCCUAAACCCAGCUCGAGCCCAGAAAUUAAAUAAGGUUAUUGUCGCUCAUCAUUUUCAUGAAGUUCGUAAGCUUUAUGAUGAGUUAGAUCUUCAUUACCAUCCGGAGAAGAUUUAUAAUAUGGACGAGAAGGGCUGCCGGCUAACAUUAUAUCAUCAACAAACAGUGAUUGCUCAGAAGGGUGCUAAAAGGGCGCACAUGCUGGGUUCUGAGCAUGGUGAGAACGUUACUCUUGUGGGAUGUGUUAAUGCUAUAGUGAAUCCUAUACCCCCCAUAAUAUUUUUAAAGGGAAAAAGGAAGAAGCCGGAGUAUGAUGACAAUUUGCCUGUAGGAUCAAUUGUCCACAUGGCACCAAAAGGCAGUAUGACAACAGAAUUGUUUAUUGUUUUUAUCGAACACCUAGCGAAGUAUAAAACUCCUGGAAAAUGCCUUCUCAUUUUUAACGGUGCCAAAUACCAUCUAGAUUUUCGCAUUGCCGAAACAGCUGAAAAACAUGACAUUGUCCUUUAUUGUUUGCCAUCCAAUACGACACACGAAUUACAGCCUCUUGACAAAGCCUGUUACAAACCUUUUGAAUCGUACUGGGAUCAAGAAGUUCUACAAUAUAUGUACCAAACACAAGCCCAAAAGAUCACUAAAACUCGAUUUAACGCAAUUUUAGAUAUAUAUUUAUUAGAUAGAUUUUUUAGAACUAAGACUGAU